AACCUAUCAUGCAUUAUUGAUAAAUAACUACCCAUAUCUGCUCCACGGGAGCCUCCUUCCUCUCUACCGAUUUCCGCAGGAUAGGGCUGGACCAGGAAAGGAACUCUUACCUACCUAACCUAAGGUGCAGAGUACAAAUCAGACUCCGCCAUGAAAGCAAAUGUUUGCUUUGUUUGUUUUCAUUCAACCUCCUCGACUAUUCAUUCCUUCAUUCCUUCAUUGUCCUCUCUCAACUUGGUGAUCUUCUGUACAUACAAAGAAACUAACUGCCCUUGAUCUCUUUAAAUAUCCGUAAGGAUCCUACUGUUCUUGACAGAUAAAUAUGCUCAUCGUUAGCUGUCUUGAAUAACCCAACUAUUCUCUUUCUCUCUUGCACACCUCCUCAUCCAAGUACACAUUCCCACCACCAUGGACUAUCUCCCAGAAUCAAUAAGUUCCAUCAUUCAGCAUCCAACUAUUCAACAACUUGCCUCCUCUCCCAUUGCCUCUAACCUUGCCCAUCUUCACGCGACUUACCUCGACCCUUCCCUCACCCGUCUUCAAACCACCUACCUUGACCCUUCUCUCGCCCACCUGCGCUCGACAUACGUUGACCCUUACGUCGUGCAACCCACCGCCACUCUCCUCGCAUCCAUGCCGGAUCUCGUCUCUGUUCUGGUCCUGCUCGUCGUCCUGCUGCUCUCCCUGAAAAUCCUCGACUACGCCCGCCGCAUGGUGAUGUUCUGGGUGUCGCUCGUGAUGCGCCUGCUCUGGUGGGCCUCCAUAAUCUCCCUGGGACUCUACGUGUACCAGGCCGGCCUGGAGAAGUCGGCGCAGGAUCUGGGAUGGGUUCUGGGCGUUCUGAAGGCGUUUGUCGAUCGCUUUUGGACUUGCAUGGAGCCACCCGCCACGGAAGGUAAUGGCUACACGCAGAAAUUCUGGCGAAACUCUUAACACCUGUGUCGUUCUCCUCGGGUCUCGGGGCUUAGUUGUUUCCCUUGCGCUUGCUUGGUCGGGUUGGUCGACCUAUUAUCAGCAUUACUCAUGGUCUGUUUGUCGGCGUUGGGAUUGGUAUAUUCUAUUCUAUACGAGCGUGUUGAAUUUUGGUCGGAUGGGGAAAUAUUUAUACACCUUGAUUAGGGUUCUACGACUGUUCUUAUGACGUGUGUGUGUGUGUGUGUGUAUGUGUGCAUGAAUGGUUAUAUUCAUAUUAGCUGGAUGACUAGAUUAUGUUGUUUUUUUGGAGGGGGUGCUACAUGUGCAUCCAUUCUCUUUGGCACGCUGGGAGAUAAGAUAAUAGUUAUCUUCAGCUUCUGUCCCUAACUUGCAUUAUUCCUCUCAGUAAAUCGUCUCUGAUUUAUUCUCGGUUUGAAUAGAGUCUUCGAGUUUUGUGUGUAUGUGUAGAGACGACAGGUGCAGAA